CAGAGAAACAGAGCAAAACAGAGCAAAACCAGAGCCUCAAAAGGUCAAAACAAAAAUGGGUGCUUUAGUGAAGACAAUCGACGCCAUACUCUUUGUGAUGUUUGCCAUAACAGCAGUGAACGCAGUGCUGAUAGACGUCCAGUUGUGUCUGCCGGCGAGCUUCUUCCCAAGCUCGCUGGCGGAGCUCAAAAACUGGUACGUCCAUGAGUUCGACGAUUACCUUGGCAAAGAGAAGCCUCAUUUCUUCGUUGGCCUCAUCUGGGUGGAGCUCGUAUUCCAGUGGCCUCUUUUGGUCGCCAACUUGUAUGGGAUUUGGGCUGCUAAGCCCUGGUACAACACCACCUGCUUGGCCUAUGGCGCCUCUUUCUUCACCUCACCACCAUGGGCGCUAUAUUAGCGGAGCUCAUAGGGUCAGGCAAGGCAUCUAAUAAAAUGUUAAAGUUGUACUACCCUGCUAUGGGGUUUGCUCUCCUAGCCAUCAUGCGGGGGCUGCUCCCUCCUCCGUCCACCACCACUUCUUCAACCGGUCGCAGAGGAACAAUCAAAAGGGUGGG